AUGGACGAGCCCGGUCGAGGAAUACUUAACCGCAACGGCAGCAGCAAUAUGUUCGUAAUGCCACCACCACAGCAGCAGCAACAGCACCAACGCCAAAACCAAUCUGCCGCCGCCGCAGCCGGUCCAAGCAGCGAACCGGGCAGUGCUAACGGCGCCAAGGCAAGUAAUGGAAUUAUACAGACCGAUGGCAAGGGUAACAGUAGCUCCAUGACGUCGCCCAUGGGCGUCACAAUCAAGAUUGAAGAACCACCAGAACAAAGGGGCCGCUCCAGGAACAAGCAGUCCGAUGCCACUUCGUCUUUCAGCACGAGCCGGAGCAGAACCAAGCUCAGAUCCUUAAGCCGGGUAAGCAUCGCCGAGCACGAACUUUUGAGAUGGACCAUUCUAAGACACGAUCCCUCGGAAAGGCUGCACCGGGACAGCCACGCUGGGACGGCUGCCCGCUUCGGCGACAUCAGUCCGCAGACCACCACGGUCGUGCCUGCGGGCGCCGCCGCGGGCAUUGCUGAAGACAUCGAAGAUGUUCUUAGCGACGAAGAACAGAUCAGCGAUGUGGAAAACGACUACGAAGUGGACGCCGCCCUGGACUAUGACCUGGGCGCACGUGUGCUGCCUAACUUCGCCACUAGCAUCCAGCAGACAUUGGACUCGCAGGCCACCUGGUUAGCCGCCUACAGACGUGAUAUAGACCCGCAACAAGAGAAAAAAAAGGUACAGGUGGAUGUUCUGGAGAACUGCAAAAGGGCCAUACAGCACAUCGCCAAGCGGGCCCUGAGUCCUGCUCCUGCAGGUGCUGCGGGGCAAGCGGGGCAUGCCCCGCUUGCGGGAUCGGCGGCAGCACACGAAUGCCCGCAAAAGAAAGCCUUCCUCCUCUACCUAGAAGACCUCAACACAUCCCACAGCGAAAAACUCUACGCCCUCACAUACACCUUUGGCGCGGUUCUUGCAAAUAGGGACACGCUGUACAUCGUCGUGCAGUGCGAUGCCGCCGACGUCGAAGCCCACCUCGUCAAGGUACGCGAGCAAGUAGCGUUUCUAUUGGACGCCACCAGUGCAGCGCUGGAUCAUCUUGACAUCAUCAUCCUCACGCUGCACCACCCGUAUCCACGCCACCUGCUUACCGAGAUCUCUGAGGCCUUCCAGCCCUCGGCGCUAAUCAUCCCGCUGCAGAUAGCAACCGGCUCGUUGGCGGGCUACGUCAGCUUUGUACCUACUCUGGUGGUGCGCAAGAAACUCAAAAGAUCCCGUAGAAAGGGAAUUUACGAUUAA